ACCGAAUGAAAACAAAUCUCCAUAGACUUGUGAGUCAGUAGCAAAGAAAGGAUUAAUGAAGUUCUGUAGCAUCUGUCAAAUCAAACGUCAUUAUAAUGUCAUGUUCUGAUAAUCAAAAGAUAUUCAAUAGCUGAUGGAUUUCGACUAUUCCGAAGAUAAAUUUGAAAUUAUAUUAGUCGGUCUGAUUCUCCUUGGGGUUUGUAUCUUAUUUGUGUUGUAUUAUUCCUACGACCUUGAGAUAAAAUCCAAACACAAUCCAGUUUUUGAAGGAGGAAUACUUUAUAAAGAAGCGGCUUUAGCAUCUACAAGCCAAUUUUGCGAGGAAUAUGCUAUAGAUGCUUUUAGAAAGGGUGGCUCAGUUGCUGAUGCUGCUAUAAUAGCCUUAUCUCUGCAGGGCCUGACUAGCCCUCAGAGCUUGGGAAUUGGAGGAGGCUUUCUUCUGAUGUAUUACGAUCGCGGAAAGACAGAGGUGCACGUUUUGAACGCUCGUGAGUACUCCCCCUCGAGUACGACAAGAGAGAUGUUCAAGAAUACCAGAUCACCGGCUUGGGGUGGGUUGGCCUCAGCCGUCCCUGGCGAGUUAUGCGGGUACUGGGAGCUGCACAAGAGGUUUGGUAAACUUCCUUGGAGCUCGUUGUUCGAGCCAGCCAUUCGGUUAUGUCGAGAUGGUAUUCCUGUCACGAAAAUAACAGGGGAGAUGCUGAUAAAGAUGCGGACGCUGAUUAUGAACUCGCCGACACUUAAGGAGAUUUUCUGUGAUCCAAAAACUGGAGAUGUGUACAAAAAUGGUGAUCUGAUGAAGCGUCCAGCGUUAGCCAAAACAUUUGAUGUAAUUGCUAAUGAAGGGGUAGAGGGGUUUUACGACGGCAGCUUGACACAGGAAUUUGUUAAAGACGUUCAAGAGCACGGUGGAGUCAUGACUAUUGAAGACUUGAACAACUACAGGGCCAAGUGGAGCACACCUAUCAGCAUGAAUUUACCUGGAAAUAUGGAAAUAUACACUACUCCUAAUCCGGGUUCAGGCCAAGUUUUCCUCGCGAUCCUGGAUGUUAUAUUUUCUUUGGGAAAGAGUGAUUUACCAGGUGUCAACUGGUUUCGUAUAGUUGAAGCGUGGAAGCAUGCCUUUGGUCAUCGCAGUGUCAUGGAUGGACCCAAAUUGAGCGACGAACUCAAGGAAGAAAAAUACGACCCCAAAAUGGCCAAAAUGAUCGCCAAAUUGAUCCAAAAGGAAUCAACAACUUCAGCGGAUGUCAGGCAUUAUUCGACAGAUUUCGAAAAACUGUACACAGAAGGAGGAACCUGUCACAUAAGCCUCUUGGCGCCUAACGGAGACGCCAUUUCUGUCACUUCCUCGGUGAAUUACGCGAUCGGAGCUAUGUACGCCUCGAGUAGUACCGGGAUUAUCAUGAACAACCACAUGAUGGAUUUUGCGAUUCCAGACUUCAUGGACAAGUUUUAUGUUGGUAAUCAGUUGGCUCCAGAUAAGCAACCGGUUUCUUGUAUGGUACCCUCGAUAAUUGUCAAUUCGAAAACUAAGGAUGUCAAGAUGGUGGUUGGUGCUGCUGGAGGCUUCAAAAUUCUCACUGCUGCUUCGCAAAUGAUAAUAGAAACUUUGCUUUUUGAUAUUCCGCAGGAGUUUGCCAUCGUGCAUAGGAGGUUGCACCACCAAUUGAUCCCAAUGGUGCUGUUCUAUGAGGAUGAUUUUCCGAAGCAUAUUCUUGAGGAGAUGAGGAAGCGUGGACAUCAUGUUGAGAAGAUGGUACCUGGUACUAGUGGCGCGAUUAUAACAGUGUCGAAAGAUGGGAUUAGAGCUAGCGGUGAUCCAAGAAGAAUGGGGAGUUCCGCAGGCUAUUGAAAUUCUUGAAUAACUAAUAUAGAAUUUUUUUAUU